GUAGAUAAACAAAAACUCCUGGUAUUAGGAACAGCCCAUAGAAAAGCUAAGCAAUGGCCCCUGGUUUUCAAUCUCUCAAAGAAUCUAUAACCCUAGAAACCUCCAAUUGUCUGCUCCCAUUUAUACCCAUCUCUCUUCAAUCCCUUCCCUACAAUCUCCUUAAUCAACAAAAACAGGGAUGCUUCUUUUCACAUCAUCAUCAGUAUCUCUGUCUUCCUCUUUUUACCUCGUGUGCUGUACUAUUUUAUCCUAGAAAAGGGGAAAAUAAAAAUACUAUCAUAUACCCAUUUCCUUCUCUGUUUUGGUAUUAAAACUUUGGGUAUACCGUAGCUUUUGCGUUUUCUGCAAUACCCAUCUGUGUUACUUUUUGUUUUGGCUGAAAUUUGAGCCUUCCCACCUUGUCUCACUUGUUAGAGAGCUCAAUUAUCGGAUUUGCAUCGAUACCCACAUAGCAAUUUUGUUGUUUUGGUUGACGUGGGAAAUUUUUUGAGGAUUCCCAUUUGAGGAAUUGUUGGGGCUGAAUGGGGAUUGAGACAAGUGUGGCUAACAAGAAGGAAAAAGAGUUUUGUGAAUUGGAGAAAGCAAAGAAUCCAAUUCUGGACCCGUAUCCGAAUCCAAAAGCCAAUACGAAUAGCAAAGGGAAGAAGGGCCGGCGACGGCACCUCAAGAAGGCGGCUGUUGUAUCGCCGGUUCAAAAGCUUUAUGACACUUGCAAAGAAGUAUUUAAAGAUCGUCGUCCUGGAAUUGUUCCUCAUCCUGAUAGUAUCGAUAAGCUGAGGGCGGUUUUGGAUGACAUCAAACCAGAGGAUGUUGGUCUGAGUCCAGAAAUGCCAUACUUUCGUUCUCCUGCUGCUGGGAGAACCCCUGCAAUAAGAUACCUGCAUCUCCAUGAAUGUGACAAAUUCUCGAUAGGUAUCUUCUGCUUCCCACCAUCAGGUGUGAUACCCCUUCAUAAUCAUCCUGGAAUGACUGUUUUUAGCAAGUUGCUAUUUGGGACGCUGCACAUUAAAUCAUAUGACUGGGUGGUUGAUGGCCCUUGUAAUGUGUCUGCUGUGGCCAAUCCUUCAGAUGUGAAGCAGUCUGAAAUCCAGCAACCACCAGUGCAGCUGGCCAAGGUGAAGAUCAACUCCAACUUCACUGCACCUUGCAACCCAACCAUCCUUUACCCUGCUGAAGGAGGCAACAUGCACCGUUUCACAGCGGUGACAGCGUGUGCAGUUCUAGACGUACUGGGCCCUCCAUAUUCAGAUGCAGAAGGUCGGCAUUGCACAUACUACUAUGACUUCCCAUUUGGCAAUUUCUCAGUUGAUGGGGUUUCUGUGCCUGAAGAGGAGAGAGAAAGUUAUGCGUGGCUUCAAGACAAGGGGAAGCAGCCUGAGGAAUUUGCUGUGGUUGGAGAACUGUAUGGAGGUCCGAAAAUUGUGGAGCACUAAGCCAAACCUCUCUUACAUUUAAAACCUUCUGUGUCUGUUGACAUAGGCUGCUGCCUGGUUCUUUGCAGCAGAUUACAGUAGACUUUUUUUUUUUUUUUUUUUUUUUUAAAUUUAUUUAAAUUGUGCCCUUUGUGGGUUUUUCUUUAUGGAACAUGAAGCAGGCACUUGGUGCUUUUUCACUCUGCAGUUGCUGUACAUAAAAGGGUAAAGAAAGGGGACAAAGGUCUUGUAGAUUGCACCAGAAAGAGGUUGAUAGUUGAAUCAGAAAACAUUACAUGUGCACUUUUUUAAAAAUUAUUUUUUUCAAA